CCGAGGCGCCUCCUCUCCUCCAUGGCAGAGAAAACACUCUCGAGCCUGUCCUGAUUAGCCCGAGUGACUCGGAAUCCGACUCGGCCCCCUGUCCCAGUCGCCUCCGUUUUCCCAUUUUCUUUUCCGCCCUCGAAUUUCCCAGGGCUCGGGAAAAGGGCCGCGCCCUUCGAGGAAAAAGGGAAAACCGCGUCCGCACCUUCACGGAGCUCCGUCCUAGACGAACCCGUGCCCUUUUAUCGGCAGAAAGGUUUGUUACAAGAACGGAGUUCGAUGUGGAUAGAAAAUGUCUUUGGGCAACUCGUCACUGGACGGUGUUUCAAACAAUGAAACACUGACUCGUAGUUAUUCAGUGUCGACUUCGGAUCGGGAAAGAGUUAGAGACAACAUACCCACAAGAGAUUACGAUGGACUCAAAUCACAGUGCGACAAGGCCAUGCACGAACUCCAAGUCCUCAGGAGACAGCAUACAGAUACGGUUAGAAGAUGUGAACAUACAAUGAAAGAGUUGGAAUAUUACAGAGGACAACAUCACGCUGCAAUGGCUCAAUUAGAAUCCGCCGCUCAGGAAAGUUCGACUUUGAGGACCAAAUACGGAGAGUUGGUUUCUGAUCUACGAUCCAGUCAGUUCUUGCAGGAAGGUGACAACGGGAACGGAGACGCCAUGAACCAGCUAUAUUUGACGACCUUAUCCAAGUAUGAGGCGAUGAAGGAAGAAUAUGAAAGCCUACGUAAGAGAUACGACGACCUCAUCUCGUCGCACUCGUCCGCUGUUGACAAACUCGAACUCGCUCAGGAAGAAGUAGGAAGGAUAAAGAAACAAUGCGAGGAUAUGGUCUCUGAGAGGAAUGUCGCUGUGAGGGAAAGAAACGGGCUCAAACAACAAUGCACGGCUGCUAUAAGGCAGUGGGACAUUGCUCUCCGUGAGAGGAACGAGUACCAAGAGGCCUUGGUUAAGGUCCAGCAACAGCAUGAAGAGACCGUAAAAGAAGUCAACCAGGCGAUGGCCGUUCGCAUGAAGGCCAGCAAAGACUUAAAGCGUCUCACAGAAGAAAGGAACGCUGCUAUGCAGGAAUACAGCCUCAUCAUGUCUGAAAGGGAUACUGUUCACAAAGAGAUGGAAAAACUCACCGAAGACUUGGCGCAGGCUUAUAAAAAGAACAAAGCCAUCGAAAGUGAAGCAAAAGAUCUUGCAGAGGAGAAAAAAGCGCUUUCAUAUCAAAUUGAAACUCUCCAAAGGGAAAUCGCCUCGGCUUUACACGACCGCGACAAGGCUUUAAAAGAAUGCAAUGACCUUCGACAGAAGUUCGGUGAAUUUAAAGAAGAGAGCCAAAGGGACAGUUUGAAGGCCAGAUACGACUCAUCGUAUAGAGACUGGGAUUCUGGGCGUAAAGAUCACCGGGAGACACAGUCCAGUUCGAUGGAUCUCUAUGGCAAGUGUCAAAAAGAAAGGAUGGACAACCUCGACCAGGCGAACCAAGAGAUCGAACGGUUGAACAAGCAAGUAGACAAGCUCCAAACGGAGUUAUCUGAAGCGUUGCAAGAAGCAGAGGUGUGCAAAAGGCGUCGCGACUGGGCGUUUAGCGAGCGAGAUAAAAUUGUGCUCGAACGAGAAAGCAUUCGCACGCUCUGCGACCGUCUGAGAAAGGAACGAGACCGUGCGGUUUCAGAUCUCGCCGAAGCCCUGAGAGACAGCGACGAUAUCAAGAAACAACGCAAUGAAACCUCUAAACAGCUCAAGGUUCUCAAGGAAAAAAUGGAAGCCCAGUUGGAAAAAGAAAACCAACUCGUUCAGCUACAAUCGUCCCUGGGGCACAACUACAGCCAUGAUUCUGCUAUCGACACUGACAUGCAAGAGUGUGAUUCUGAAAUGUUAAGCAUUGAUAUUAAUGGAUUAUCGUCAACUGAAGAUCUUGGCGUUGUACUUGCUGGAGGAAGGGAUGAUCCUCAUUUUCCUAAUGACAGCGGUAUUUACGUAACAUCCAUAACUAAAGGCAGUGUUGCAGAUGGCAAACUCAAGCCAAAUGAUUGCAUUGUUAGAGUGAACAACGUCGACUGCAGCAAUGUGAGCAAACGAUUUGUUCUUGAAACAAUGAAAUCAAGUGGCAACACAGCAGUUAUGGUCGUACGGAGGCGAAGGUUGUUUACUACUCAGUUGCAGCUCAGUAAAUACGACCACGGAAUCACCCUUGAAGCUGGGAUUUAUAUAUCAAAAAUAUCACCUGGGUCUCUUGCUGCAAAGGAGGGCAACCUUGCAGUCGGCAAUAGAGUCGUUAGCAUUAAUAAUAAAACAGUAGAGGGGAUGACUAGUACGAGGGAAGCUAUGAACCUUCUUAACGAGGCAAAUGAUAUUCUUUUGAUCACAACGUUAAAGUCAAGCACGAGUUCUGUUAGCUGCAAGCAAUCUUCCAUGAGCACGCAGACAGAGAGCGAAAUGGUAAAACCCGUUCCUCAGGUGCGCAGUCCAAAUUCGAGCAUGUCGCAGGAUACGAGUCGUUCCAAGUGGUCGCGGGAUACCGAAGAUAAAAAGAGAAAUAGAAACUCGUCUCCUGUAACGUUUGAACAAGAAAGGGACGACGCGAUCGCAGAGCUUGACAACGUCAUCGAAAGCUACCACUCGACUAGAGGCACAGUGAGGCGCCGGCCCAAAUCAUCCCAUGAUAAAAACGGCGGGACUUGGCCUAAAGCGAGUUGUGGGGCUGUGAUUGAAUCAGGAACCGGGACGAUAUUGCAUUCGAGAAAGACCAAAGAAAGACUGCCGCUCUCUGUGAUUUUGAACAACCCUCCUGGCUACACGCUUCCACCUUGCUGCGAACCUCCGCCCAGCAGAAGGAAUAAUGCUUCGACAUACGAUUACAAUUCCAAAUCAGGAAACAUGGCGAACAAAGAGUUAUGGGAAUGUUAUGUUAAACUCAGAGGGCGAUCGGAAGGCGGUGGCAAUACCAGCGGGCAUUCGAGUAUCCACUCUCAACUCUACGGUGCGCCGCAUUAUCCGUUCGUCCACCCUCAUACACACAGCCAUUCUCCACCUUACCACCUCCUUCAGUCGGACUCAGGUGUAAGAAGCUUCUGCCUCGAGCCGAUAUAUAAUACUCAGUACCACCACACUCACUCGCCUUCACUCGAUUCGCAUUAUAACAAGACGAGAUCUCUUGCAGCGAGUCACCACCCUCACACGAGUGAGGAUAACGAACAUCAUCCCACAUCUUUUCACUCUCACUACGAAGGUGGAACAUUCCCAAGAAAAGAAACAAGAAUAAGGAUACCUUCAAAUCCUAGUGUAGCAUCAAAAAAUAGCGGUGGCAAAGUGUCAUCUGGUAGUAUAGAGAAGUCGUCGGAACGAGGAAGCCCUAUGCCCUCGUUCCUUGUAGAAGUUUUGAGCCCAGGAAUGGGACAGAAUAAAACCACAUCUUUACCCGAUUAUUAUUGGACCCACAAGCCCGCACCCGGGGAGUUGAGAAGAGUGCACAUAGACAAAUCAGUCGAGCCGCUGGGCAUCCAGAUAUCUUGCCUGGACUCCGGCGGCGUUUUUGUUUCUACCGUUUAUGAAAAUUCCCUUGCUUCCCAAGUAGGCCUGCGGGUGGGAGAUCAACUCCUUGAAGUAUGCGGGAUCAACAUGAGGUCCGCGACUUACGAGUUGGCAGCCAACGUACUGCGGCAAUGCGGUAGCAGCAUUACCAUGCUUGUCCAAUACAGUCCAGAAAAAUAUCACGAGCUGGAAGGUACUGGAAGCUCUAGCAGUGGCGACAGCAAAACAAGAUCUGGUUCUCCGACCCCUUGCAACAGCCCUGGAGCGUUAAGAAAAUCGCCACCCCCUAAUCAUUCAGCAUUACCUUCUCUAAACCAUUCGUUUUCCCCAAGUAUUUCUUUAAGCGAGGAGCCUAGAUAUUUGAGGAUGGAAACCCACAAGUGCUCAAAUCUUGGAAUUAGUUUAGUCGGCGGAAACGCUGUUGGGAUUUAUGUCCACAGUGUUCAAACUGGAUCCGUCGCCUACAACUCAGGAUUAAGAACUGGAGAUAGGAUUCUUGAAUAUAAUGGAACCGACCUCCGACAUGCUACAGCAGAAGAUGCCGCUAUUGAACUUGCCAAGCCUGCUGAUAAGGUUACCGUUUUAGCGCAGUAUUGUAUAGACAGAUACAACGAGAUCAAGGACAAACCGGGUGAUAGUUUUUAUAUAAGAGCCAUGUUUGACCGGCUCGGAGACAUGGCUGAUAGCCUGCAGUUGAGGUUCCGCAAGGACGAUAUCCUUUUUGUCGACCACACCUUGUUCAACAGGGGAGUGCCCGGAAGCUGGAGGGCUUGGCUCGUCGAUGAGAACGGUAUAAGGCACGAUCAAUACGGAAUAAUACCUAGCAAGUACAAAGUCGAGCAAGAGAUGGUCGUGAGAAGAAGUUUAGGAGAUUUAGAAGGUGAGGCGAGGAGGGCAACAAGGAGGAGUUUUUUUAGGCGGAAAAAACACCAACGAUCCGACUCCAAAGAGCUUGCGUCCUUUUCGAAUUUCAGUCUCGGUUGGUAUAGCGACAGCGGGACGCUCAAUGAAGAGACAUCACCUGCCUCUUACCAAAGGGUCACUAUGUUGAAUUACACCACUUUGAGACCUGUGCUUGUUGUCGGCCCACUUUCAGACUGCGUCACAGAAAAACUGAUCCAAGACUUCCCGGACAAGUUUGCACGUUGUGGACCUGAAAUGAUGCAGUGCCCGCAGUCAGUCAUGGAGAAGGGCAUAGCAGAUUCCGUAUUUGUCGAUUAUAGAAAGAAAGGCAACUUCUUUGAAUGCACUUCUGUUUCCGCGGUCAAAGAUAUGUGUGACAAGAAUAUCCAUUGUAUACUGGACAUCAGUCUAGGAUCUGUUGAGAGACUCCAUCACCAACAAAUCUACCCGAUCGUCCUUCUUAUUAAGUUCAAAUCUACGAAGCAAAUCAAGGAAGUAAAAGACACGCGUUACCCCCUCGACAAGGUCACUGCCAAAGUCGCUAAGGAGAUGUACGAACAUGCGCUCAAGCUCGAGUCCGAGUAUAAGCAUUGCAUUUCAGCUGUGAUACCAGCAGCGGGUGUGAACAUCGCAUACAUGUGUACGCAAAUUAAGGCUGCAGUCGACGCAGAACAGAACAAGACGUUGUGGGUGCCUUGUACGAACCAGUGAGGGCCGCCCUGGGAGACCAGCCAUUACCAAAGUGUUCCACGUGUAGCAGUCUUUGAUCAAGCUUUAAGUAUUCCAGAUCCGUAGCUAUCUACACACAAGUCGGCACAACGAACUACCUUUCCCAUAAGUUUUUUUUUUAAUUAUAAGUUACUGGAAAUUUUAAUGUUGUCGAAAGUUCCAUAUAAUGCUACAUAUCAGACAGGGGAUUUUCAAUCGUUCAGUCGAUCGAAGGUUAAAGUAGUCAGUGUUUUUUAUAGCAUUUCUGUGAUUUCUUUCUUAAAAGCAAUUUUUAGAAGAGUAUAAUAAAACUACCUUGGGUGCUUCCGUUUUUUCAAUUUUGAUUGACCAAUUUUAUUUAAAGCGGUUCAAAAUUGGGCAUAUACAGAGGUUUCUGUAUAAUGAAAAUAUCAUUUAUAUAAUUGGUUAUUGAAAAUUGGUUAUUGAAAUAUUGACCUUGUUGACAAUAUUAGGAUCUAGGUAUUAGGGAGAAAUUUAAAGUACUGUGGAUAUAUUGUUAUAUUAUUCUGUUUAUUUACGACACUGUUAUUAUAUUAAAGUCUCUGUGCUUUAAAACAUUUAUUCUUAUUUUAUAACUUUUAAAAUAUUGCAUUUUGCUUUUGAACUGAUAAAAAGUGGUUUUUCUUUUAUUUAUUUCGUUGGAUAACUAAUGCACUAGAAUAAAUAAUCUAAAUAAGGAGACAUUUCUAUAGGAUUUGGAUAGUAAUCAUUUGUUGACUAUCAUUUAAAAAAAUCUAUUUUGCAUAUGCCUUAAAAAUUAAAUACUUUUACUGUAAAUACCUUUAAUAACAUACGUAUUCAGCCAUGAAAUGCAUGUUUUUUUUCUCUCCGUGAGUCGUUAAGUAUCCAGUGAAUUGUUCAAAUCACAACAUUGCCUUGCUAAAAAGUAGUCUUAUUACUGUCUUAUCUACUGUUUUCAUAAUUUUUCAUGCUGAAAGGCUUCAGCUAAGCUGUCAAAUUUAAAAAAAAAUUUGGCCUAGAGUCUUCACCUUACUUUUUUAUAAUCCUGAAAGCUUUUUUUCUAAUUAAAAUCUAUAAAAGUAUUUCCCCCAAAAUGUUUUAAGCUGUAGAUAAUUUUAAAUUGAUAUUUUUAAUAUUUCUGGAAUGAUUUAUGUCAAUUUUAACAAGCUUUUUAAUAGGAAACUUGCCUAAGAAUAGAGUGGUAAAUUUAAAAAAUUUGGAGAUUUUGGACAGAGGACAGCAUUUCUUCUAGGAGGGUAGAAUAUUCAUUAGAAAAAAAUAAAGUUUACAAAACCUUAUUAAGCAUUAUAUAAAGAUUUUUCAAUUUAAAAGUGAAUUUUUUGUUGAGAAUGAAUUAUUCAAUAAUAGAAAAUAAUAAAAAGACACUAGGUGUUUGCAAGUAAAAGUGUACUAAUUGUAGUGCCUCGGUUUAGAGUUCGUAAAAACAGUGAAAUUGUAAAUGCCCUUGCUGAUAUUUAUUUCUUUUAGCUGUUGAUCACUUGCCAUAGUUUAAAUCACAUCCUAAGUGGUUAAAAUUUUCGAAUUUUGAAAUACACCA